UGGGUGGCUCAGGCCUAUUGUGCGGGGGGAAACGGCAGGGGCACCGCGCCUAGGAGCCGCCUCCAUCGGGAUGGAUCCCCGCUCCCCGUUGGCCGCACCUUCUCCCGCUCCGCGACGCUCCCUUUCCUGCGGGGGAGAGGCUUCCCCUGCUCUGGGCUCGCAUCUGCGGCGCCGGGGGAAGAUGAGCGCGGCCGCGGCCGCCCCCGCCGCCGCCCCCCUCUGGGAGAGGGAGCGGCUCUGGAUGUUUCUGCAAGCGCUCGGCUUCCAGCCGGGCGGCAAGACCGACUGCGGGAAGAUAGUUACGCACGCCAGCUUGGGAGUGAGCAUGUUUGACAAGCCGAAUAUUGAUGCUUUUCAUGUUGUUUCCUACUUCCUAUUUACCACUUUGGAUCAUUCUCAUGCUAAAGAAGUCUUCAGGUAUUGUUGGCCUCCGGUAGAUCGAAAAGGUGAUGCGGAAUAUCGAAAACAAUGUUAUGAGUGGUUAAGAAAAAUUGCCGACGAAUGUGGAAGUAGCUUUCCUCAAGUUGUUGGUUCUCUCUUUCUUUCUCCCGGUGGCCCGAAGUUUGUUCGUCUAAUGUACCAAUUUGCAAGAUUUGUCUUAAUGCAGUAUAUUAAAACAAACUCUGAAGGUGGCGGUACAUGUUUUGUAGAAACUUUUAAUUCAAGGCCUCAAGAUUUACACAAAUCCAUUGCAAGAUACCAUGUCACAUGCAACCGGUUUUUAAGAAUUUUACAUAAAGAAGAUUUUGUAAUUCAAGAGUAUCAGAAAAAAGCCCAGCUUUUGGUUGAACAAAUAAGAUACUUGAGGUCAGAAUGUGUAGAACUACAAAAAGAACUACAAAAAAUGGAGCAAUAUGAUCAAAAUUAUAAACCGAACAGAGUUCAACAGGUUCGCUCAAUGUGGACAUCUGUGAUGGAAACACUUUCAGCCUUGGAGAAAGAAAGGGAAGUUGUUAAUUCUGUUGUUAAAGGUCACGUCGAUCAGUACGCCCUAGAUGGGACUGAUGUUGCUAUUAAUGUUCCAAGACUCCUCCUUGCUACGAUAGAAAAGCAAAUGUACAAAAUACACAUGGGAAAUGUUUAUGAGUCUGGGAAAUUGAAUCUCUUAACAGUCAUUCAGAUAUUAAAUGAAGGCCUGAAAAUUUUAAGACAUGAACGGUGUCAAAUUGACCCAGUGGGAUUGAAAUUAGAUCUUGGCUUCAUUGAAGGAAAGGCUAAGUUUCAGACUGAAACUUUAUCAAGUCUGAAGCAUAUGAGGCAUAAAAUGAAGCAAGAGGAUCUCGUGGCAAUAAAUCAAUCAAUUUCUGAAAAACAGAGAAAAUGGGAAAUGAAGUGGGAGAAAUUUCUUGGCCAGUCUCCUUUUAGGCUUAUUAAAAGUUGGACUCCAGCUCUUGGUCUCCUACCACCCAUGUCUCCUCUCUCGUUCGAACCUGUUUCAGAGGAAGCAUAUAAAAAUAGUGUCUUCUUUUGUUAUCCUGUAUCACUUCCAGACACACCGAAAGAGCAUAGCCAACAAAAUAGCAAUAAUGAUGAUGGAUCACUUGGAACUGCAGACAGUCUAGUGGAGAGGAUUCCUCCAUUUCGGACACAGUCCACUCUACCAACCAGUAGCAACAGUGAGAUUCUUCUUGAGAAGAGCACUAAGAAAAAAUCUCCAGAAUGGAAAAAAACUCCCCGAAGAAAAGAUCCGUCGGUUUCUAAAAAAACUCUGAAAUAUGAAAUGGAUGAAUCUAGCCCAGGGGAGGAAGCUGGAUCAUUGGAAACAAGGAAGAAUAGAGAGAUUGGUGCUCCUCAGACAUCAAAACCAGUUAAAGAUGAUCCUUUCAAAAAAGAGCAGGAACAUUUGGCAGAAGAAGUCGCCAAAGUGAUUUUAUCCGAUUCACCGAAGACCUAUGAAGAAAAAGACAUGGAAUUACAGGAAUUAAUUAGUUCACUAGCUUCUGACCCUUUCUUAACGAGGAGACAGAUUCCACGAACUCCAGAAAAUCUGAUCACUGAAAUUAGGAGCUCAUGGAGAAGUGCUCUUCAAACCGAAGACCGUCCAAAUCUGGAGUCGUUUCAGACUGGUGUAGCAUUUGACAAAGCCUUGCCCGAUUCAUUGCCUGAAUUCAGGAACCAGACAGAUUUAAGCAUGGCCUGCUUUCUCUCUGCAUCUUCUUUAACCGAUUUUAGUCAGUCUGUCUUACCGGAAGAGAAGGCCGAGUCCGAUUACGUGGAGCCUUUGCCUCAAGUGCGUGGAACACCUGGUCCUUCUGCUGACCAACCAGCACAGAAACAAACAGAAUUGCUAAAUAGUAAACGAUUGUGGGAGCGAGAAUCUAAAUGCUCAGUUGUAAACAGAAGCCUUGGAGAAAUGAAAGUAGGGACGGUUUUGUCGGCUGUAGGCAAAAGUAUGCCCAUGAUAGAUGGUAAUGCAGAGGACUUUGUUAAACUGGAUAGCUUAACUACUUAUCAGGACCUUUCUUCUAUGCAGACAUCUUUGUCAUGGGAUUCUUCUCAGAUACCAACCAGAACUAGUUGUGAUGACCAGUUUGGCAUACUACAUGAAACUCUUCCAGAGGAGCCUGGUAACUUGAGUCUCUUGAGCCUCACGAGUACAGAGGCUGAAGAAGACAGUAGAGUGAAAGUAAGGAGCCCAGUGCACAGUGGUACCUCACCAGAAGAGAAAAUGGGGUGGGGAGAUGUCCCUCAAGAAGCAAAAUUGGAUUUUCAGACUAUUUACAAUAGAUAUGAGGCCCUGAAAAAAUGUGUGUUCGAAAAGGAAGAUUUUCAUCCGUCUUCUGAAACACCUGCAAAGCACAAAUCCGAAUUGAGCCUUUCUUCAUGUAGCACAAGAGCAGAUGAUGACAUGUUCAAUCCUCUGGAAAGUCUGCUUACUUUAGAUAUGGACUAUAUAAAACCAUCUUUACAAAUGUCUCUUGCUGAAAGGAAGCAGUCUCUUUCACCACUAAUUAAGUUUUCUCCCAUGGAACAAAGGCGAAGGUCCAUGAAACCAAAGAAACCUGGAGAGUUUUUACCCAGUUGGAAGGAAGAAAAUUGCAAUAAGAACCUAGGUGAGAGAGAAUCCCCAUCUGAUUCAAAUACUAAAAAAGAGGAAACAGUUGCACAGUAAAUAGAAUUAUAGUAAACCUAAAUGGAAAAUGUAAUGCAGCAGUAUAGAAAAAAUAGAUUUGUAAUUAAAAAUAUCUUUUGUAUUUUAAUUCUUAUGCUUUUCUUGUUAGAUAAAAGUCUUAAGUGCCUAUUAACAUGUGAAUGCCGGUCAGUUUGAGGCAAAUUAUUUCAGUUUGCAUUGUGCAAAGUUGCUGGAUUGUUUAUUCCGAUUUCUCCUGGAAAAGCCAAAUAGAAUUUUAGAGGAUGACUAGUUGAAGUUGCACUGCAGUCAGACAUUUAAAUUUCUUGGAUUACCUCGGAUUAAAUGGUGACAAAAAUAACAUUCUGGUAUCUCAUCUGAUUUACAAACUUAAAAAUUUCUGUGUACUAUCAGAAGAAUAAAUAAUCCUUGUUAG